UGUCAGGGAAAUCAGUUCUCUGGCUUUCGUUUCUACGGUUGGUCGUUGCGUAGUUCCUCAUCUAAAAAUAGAUCAACAAAAAUGUUAGAGCCACGUAAAACCAGAGGAAGAACGGAUUAUCGACCAUUCAUUUUAAUAUUCAUGUUAACGAGCUUUAUGUUAACAACAGGACAGCACAGCGAAGCUUCCCUAAUAAGCGAUCAAUCGUAUCUAGUGAGCCCCACACCAACAUUGCCAGUGCUCGGCGCUGAUGAUGUAACUACUGUACUUUUGGUAAACAAUACUGCUCAUAAGGGAAGAUUCCUGACAGUACGUCCAGAAAUUGGACUUUUAACUUCAACAGUUAGAACUUUUAUACAGGAUGGAAUAACAACGGAAUUUGCCACAAAAGUGGUUGGGACCAAAUUAAAUAAUGGCCGAUUUUAUGCGCAAUAUUUAAAAAAGAGUUCUCGAGUUUUCUAUGACAAUGAACACCUGCUGGCACCAUCAGUGGUCACCAGUUGGGUUGGUGACGGCGGCGAGACACUGUCUCUGCAGAGUCACAACGAAUUAUUUAACAUGGACGACGUCGUUGACUGGCAGGAUAUAGACGACAAUCUUGGUGUGCAUCGCGGCGAGUUUGUGGGAAAUACAGAUUUCGUUGGAAUACAAACCACAACCGAUUUAGAUCCAGUCGACGAAACUACGAGUUCGGUUCAAGUUGAAGUCAACAAGCCAUUUACAAACAACAAUAUAAAAGCAACAUCGGAGGAACUUAUUCAUAGGAAUGGUAUAACUAAAUUAACUGAUAACUUACAAACAUUUACUGUUAAUAAUAAUAUAAGGCGUUUCAAGGAAACCACCAAAACAAUUCAAGAUAAAUUUUCAACAAUUCAACAACAGCGUAUUGGAAAAAAUGUGGAAACUCCUGGUUCAAAACGUGUAUUGGCCAGUGUAACUUAUUACGGAUUCGCAGAUUUUACAACAAUCGUUGGGGACAGUGUCAUUGUCUUUUCACCGAGUACCAUGCAAAGCAGCUUACAUUUUGGACACGUAACGUCAAUUAAAGGCAAGCCCACGUUAAACCCAGAAACAGAUUUUUUGUUGAACGCUGUACCGAAAGCGACUUCAACUCAAAAGAUUUCUGUAGAAACUAGUGUUAACAAUAUAUCAUCAGAAGAAGAUGAACAUAAAGUUGGUGAUAUUUCUGUUGAAGGUGUACCUGGUAAGUUUUCUCUAGGUGAAGGUGCAUCUAGCACAUUUUCCUUAUCAGAAAGUGCAGCUAGUACAUUUUCCUUAGGAGAGAGCGUAACUAGUUUAUUUUCUUUAGAAGACGGUAUAGCUGGCACAUUUUCUCUAAAAGAAGGUGUAUCUAGUAUACUAUCAACUCAUGACAUAAUCGCUGAGAUGCCAACUGAAAUAUUAAGCACACAAACCGAAUCAAAAUUUAUUCCCAGCGAUUCUAAGUCAGACAAAAUAUUUAAUCAGAUAAACAGAGGUGCUACAACCGUUUUUCUUGAUGAUGAUCCCUUCACGAACUUUCUAGAACUUAAAACUGAUGAAAUCUCAAAUUCGAGUGUUGAAAUAACGAGAAAAGAAAUGCUUGAAACUAUUACCAAUACAGUUGUGUACAACGAUAGUAUAAUUGAUUUACCAAUUAAUAAAUCAAGCCAAGAUAAUAGCAAUGAUUCAUCGUGUGAUCACAGUCAUUUAACAUCCCAAGUAUUUCUUACUCAAAUGUCUAAGUCAUCAUCAAUCCAAGUUGGUGUUGAUACCAAUCCAAUUUUCGGCUUUGAUAUUGUUGAAACCACGAAAUACUAUUGUAUUCAAGCUGCCAAGACAGACGAAGCUGUUAAUGAGGUCAGCAGUGAUACUGUCGUUUUAAUAGAUACAUCUACAGAAUCUACACAUGAAGAAUUAAUGUCCACAGAGUUAAUUGAUGAUCUAGAUGAGACCACAGCUAGAAAUUUUGGGGAUUAUGAUGUUACGACCGAGGCGGAGGGUGAUGAUGAUUAUGAUGGUAAUUCAGAGGAGAUUGAUUUGAUUUAUAAAACUCUAUACACAACCUAUACAUAUCUGACGACAUUUUUUGAGGGCUCACAGUCAACUGUAUCUAGCCAUACUGAAAUAAUAACAAAUAUAAUUUCCUCAACACUCGAAUUGGAGGAAACUAAGCUGGAGUCGAUUGAGAAUACACUUAAAGAGCAAGAUAUUAACAGCUUAUCUUUGGCUACCAAGUAUACAAUACCUUUAGAUAUUGUAAAAGUUUUAAAUUCGGAAACUGAAAUAACUAAACAGUCAAUAACUAAUCUUAAUAUUAAUGAUAUUAGAUAUACCAAAACUCUGCUUACAACCUAUACCUAUUAUACAUCCAUAUUUGCAAAUAAUGAUACGGAAAUAAUGUCUAGAACGGAAGUGAUUACAAAUUUUGUAACUGAUAAUAAUACUUUAAGUUCAAUCGAAUCAAAUAGUACUCAUAAUAACAGUUCAGUAGAUCUUGUAGAUCCCCAAAUUGUUGAGGAAGAUCAAAUAGAAUCAAGCAGUUUUAUUAAGAAAACACCCCUGGACGACCAGGUUAGCUCUGAGAGUAAUGAUAAUGAUGAAAUUAUGCCAUCGGCUACGUUGCUUCUACAAACUAGCUAUACCACAUUUACUUUCUAUACCACCAUGUAUGUGGGCGAUGAUACAAACAUUAUAAGUCGCUUGGAGACUGUCACAAAUGUGGCUACCGAAACCUUGCCACCUACGAAACUUUUGAGUGUUGAAGAUCCUUCCUUUCCCAUAACCUAUUUUACAACAUUUACUUAUUGGACAAAGUUGGCAAAAGAUGGUGAGAUUACAACAUUAAGUCGGGAAGAGACAUUAUUUAAUGUUAUACAACCCACGAAUAAUAGGACUGAAAUAUUAUCACCCUAUGAAGUUUCAAUUGAAAAAACCGAAUCAGAUAGUAUAAUUCCUAGCUCUAGCACCUCCACUGACAUCACCACUUAUUAUACUACUUAUACCUAUUAUACAACUUCCUAUGAGGCCAAUUCUACAAUUAUAGCUUCAAGCUUGGAGACAGUUACCAAUGUGGUAACUUCUUCCCUUUCAACUUCGGCAGAAAUUGAACCCAGCUUUUCCGUAACUCCCAGCGAAGAGCAAAUAAUACUUUCUACUAGAAGUCCCAAUGUUAUUUUGUAUGACUAUAAACAUAUAAUAGAUGCUGAUGAAAUAAGCACUUUGUAUUUUACCACCGAAGUUGUAUCUUCAAUGAACAUUGAAGGUUCUAAUAUUGAAGUCACAAGCAGCACUUCCCGAUUACACGUCGAUGAAGCUAAAAAGUCAAUUUUAAGCACACCGGAUGAUGGACAUUUUGGUUCUAGUAGCUCAAAGUUGUACAAAACUGGAUUGGUUCGGCUUAUCGAGGGUAAACGUAUUCAAAAUAAUACAACAACAUUAUAUGAAUCAAAGGUUAUUGGAACCAUCAUAGAUAAUCGAUAUGCGCAGAUCAUCGAGAGCACAUCCAGUUUUCUUUAUGAAAAGGUUAAGACUGAUGAAGUGAUAGCACCAACAAGUGUUCAAAAUUUACUUAAUGAAGCGGAAACACGCACAAUUGAAUCAACAAAUUCUUUACUAGGAAGUGUAGAUCAGGAUGUUACUAAAGGAGACUUACCGCAACGUCCAUUCGCACCGGUGAUUCGACCAUUUGCCUCACGAAAUCGACCUACUUAUGCCCCAAAACAGAAAACACUUAGCCCAAGUAGUGCCACCAUAAUAACCAGAUCGGACAUUACACCAACAAUUACGGCUACGCCUGCUUUAAAGUCAUCUUCUGGCGGUAGAUAUAGCUCUUCUCGACGUGGCAUUAUUUCUAAUGCGCCUAUAAAUCCUAGCGAAUCUAACUUGUCUCAAACUUCAAGGCGCCUAUUCGGUCGUCCAUCAAAAUCUUUGAGUAAUUCCAUUGAUCAAUCUAUAAACCAGGCUUCUCUUCAACCAUCUCGAAACCGUUUUGCUUCAUCUUCACGUUCCAAUCCUAUUGCUUCAAGUUCCCGUCGCCCAAACAUAUCUUUUCGUUCAUCGAUAGCGCCAGGAUUUCGGGCUUCUGGUAUAAAUAAUAACCCCAAGUUACGAGUUAAGCCAACUAGCUUGGAAUCAACUGUGACCAUACAGGCACAAUCGAAAAAGGUCUCGAGCUCCGACCAGAUUACUAGCGAUGAUGAAGGAAAUAUAACGGAGGAAAUAAGCGGUGACGAUGAAGAGCAACAGCAAACGAAACGCAAUCAAAAUCCAUUGCUUCGGUUUCGGCGCCCAAUAAAUAGGCCCAGUGGCUUUAGCCCAAUAACAAAACAAAGUUCUGGCGUUUCCCCUGGAGUUUCGUUAAGAAAGAAUCCACUUUUAUCGGCACGAACUAAAUCUUCUCCCACAACAAGCACUACAACAUCCACAUCAACGCCAAGGCCCAAAUCUCGUAACUUUCAACGUCCCGCUGGUCUCCAGAUUAGAUCAAGACCCCAAAAUAGCCUAUUUCCACCCCGAGGUCUUUUCCAGUCACAAAAAGAAAUAGAUACUCUAGAACCUAAGUCAAAUGAAGGUUUAACUGAUAAUGAUUCCGAAUACGAUGAUUCUUCGGAAGACGAUGAAGAUGGUAAUCAUCAGAUAGUUCAGACCCAAAAAAGAUCAACUAAACUCAGAGUUCGACGUCAAGUAGAUCCCCUAAGUAGAAGUCGCUUUCGUUUUCGUCGCCAGAACGUCACUGCGAUAAGUCCAAAUCUAAAAGAAGAAGAAGACCUUGACGAAAGUACAAUCAUUCCAAGAGGUAAGACGAGUUCCAGAUUUGGUUCUAGAUUUCAUACGCCAGAUACAACUACAGCAAUUAUAAAUCACAAGUCCAUACGUCCCACUCGACCGACUUCAAAGCGUCCUCAGUUUACGUUGAGAGAGAAGGAUGUUCCCACUUCCAAAGGAACACCAACAGGACGUAGCAAUUUUCGUCGUCAGCCUACCAGUGGAAACACAUCAUUAAGACGUACAAAUACAAAUACAGGAACUUCAAAUAAUCGAAGACUUAAAAGUUAUGGAAACUUUGGAAAUAAUAAGAACACUGUUGACAAUGGGCGAUCAUCUAUAACUACUUCCCGUUCCCGUAAUACCAAUACGAAUAACGCAUUGAGCAGAGGCAGAGGAGGAAGUCGAGGACGCAAUCGUAAUGACUAUUCUCCGGAUUUACCAGCCAUUGAUCAAGAGACUCAACCCAUAACAGUUACUCAUUUUCUACCAGCCGAAGUGAUGAUACCAGUGAUCAAUGGACACGUCACUGAGUAUAAAAAUAUAGUUACUGCCAAAACCAGCAUCGAAGUUGUUGCUCUGAAUCAAUUAACCCAAUUUGCAGGUUCGAAUGGAUUGACUUCUUUAUAUUUAAAUCGUGAAGAAUCCAGUAUAAAUAAUGCUGGCAUUACAGAGCAUACAAAGUAUUUGCUACAUGAAUCUAUAACAAGUACGAUUAUAUUUACACCAACUACUAUUCGUGGCAGAAAGACGUCAUUUUCGCAUAUUUUACCAUCUACUGCGUAUUCCGUAGAGUAUGUAGUAACGACUGUACAGCCACAAAUCUCAGCAAAUGCUCCACUUGCUAAUAUACUAUUGUCCCAAUUACUUUUGGGUAACCUCAACCUACCAGGUCAUGCCAUAAUACAACAACCAAGUGCAAUACCAGCUAUAGUACCCACAUCUGUUGAACCCGUAACCGAAUAUCGAACUCACACCUCCAGCUAUGUAACAACGAUUUUCGAUGGUAAAUCCACAAUACUUCCAGUGACGUUUCAAGGCAAAAAGAUACUAACAACGGUUUAUGAUACAUCAGCGGAGAUAAUAACGGCAACGGAAUAUAGCGUUGAAACAAUAAUUAAUACUGCUCCGAUUAUUCAAAGCCAAAUGCAACAACAGUCUGUUCAGCAAGUAAAUAAUUUAUUAUUACAGCAAUUACUUCUACAACAACAACAGCAGGAAGCUCAAGCCAUAUCUAAGACUUUGUCGCCUCAGAUAUUUCUAAGUAAUAACCUACAAGACUUGGAUGAUGCAACGCGAACCAUAUUAAAUGAAGAUUUUGCUGAUUUAUCAAUCCAAACGGAAGCUGAGCAGUCGUCGAAGAGUCAGCGGAAAAAGUCCAGAAAGUCGGCGGGAGGUCACAACAGACGUCAUAAACAGAGUCAUAACAUGGAGUUACUGGAACAGCAAGAGCCGGUCCAACAAAGCGUUGUAACACUAUAUAUAUCCGGACGAAGACCCGGGGAAUUCAGCACUGUCUUAUCAACUGUAAAUGGCUACGAUCACUCUGCUUCAUUGCACAAAAGGCAAGCAUAUUUAAGCAUUCAUGUGACGAAUGCAAAUCAAUUUCAUCCAGAAAAAACUCAAUUAUCAAGGGAUCCCAUAGAAAUAAUCCCAAACGAAGAUAGUUCAACUGAAUUAACCCGAAGAACAACAUCAUUAGAGAGCAUUGUCGGGGAUGUUGAUCGUUGGCUAUCACAAUCGACACGACAGUCAAUGGUACCAGAAAAUAAGACUACUAAAAAUCCGGGCUGUAUAAAUAAUACAAGCACAACAAUUUCUUAAAUUGGAAACAUUUUAACAAAAAUUGUAUAGUGCCAACAAAACCUAAGCCCUCUGGAAGGUGUCCGAUAAAACUAGUCAAUAAUUAACAGAAACAUUUUUAAUCAUUUUAAAUUAAAACUUACUUAAUCACUCUGUCACUAUAUCCUUAUCUCAGCAAACUUUUUUAUUUCAAUGCGUUUUUAUUAAUUAAGAAUUUAAUUCGGUUUCACACAUUAUGUAACAAAUAUGGAACAUAAAAAUAAAAAUGUUGUUAACAUUAUAUUCGAUAAUUUUGUAAUAUUUGUUUGAUUAAAUUGUACUUAUUUUAAGUUUUCAUUUGCUUUCUGGUUUACUAGUUUUAUAUACCUAGUACAUAUGUAAAAGGCUUAUAAAUUAAAUAUGUAACCAUGUCUAAGAUUGGAAGUAAUAAAAACACGUUAUGUCAAUAUACACUUACAAUUAACAUUUAAAUUGAAUUUGAAUUUUGUAAAUAUUUAU